AUGGACAUAGUGGAGAAUCGCAAGACCGAUGGUACAUCCCAAAAAAAGAAGACAGAAGCCUGGGAGGAUAUUGCAUGCCACUACAAUAACUCGCCUAACGUAUCCCAGCGAGCGAAUGCUGCUCAACUUAAAAAAAUGUGGCAAAAUCUAAAAACGAAGGCCAGAGAUGCUAAAACUUUAGAAUCCCAAAAAAGAUGGACUGGUGGUGGACCUGCACCUCCGGCUAUAGGAUCCGAAGAGACCCAGGUCCUUUCUAUAUUACCAACCAUAAUGCCAACAAUUGAAGUUGAGAUAGAUAGUGAUAUAAUCCAAUCAAGCACCUCGCAAUUUAGUGAAACAAAUGAUGAUGACGUCUCAGUAAGUAAAUAUCUUAAGCCGUCUUUCUACGGUAAGACGGUGCAGAAAGAUAAGGUCAACCCAUAA